AUGGCUACCCCAACACCUCAAAACAACUCUCGUCCGGAUGCCUCGCCCUUGGGAGAAGGCUUGUCCCACAAUCUUCUUAGCGACUUGGCUCCUUUGAUCGCCCUGUUUGGGGAGCAAGUCACGAAGCAAUUCCUCACCAUGUCUAUAGAUUGGACGGACAACAUACUGAUAGCUCUUGGGCCACUGGGCAUCAUGACCAUCCUCGUUAGUGCCAUUCGGGUUGCUGGUAAUAAGCAUUUGAAAGCUCUCAUUGGGAGAGCAAGAGAGAGCAUCGAAACAGCGGAGGUCGAACUUGUGUCUUCUACAUCGUACGGUGUGUGCGAGAUGUGGAAUGGAGUCGAGAUCGUGAGAUCAUUCCGCAUACCCAAAACAAGCCAAUUUGUCGUUAUAAGGAGCGACGAUAUGAUACGGGUCUUGCCGACGUGGCAAGCUUACAUGGAAAACAUUAUAAUUGAGAGGCUGGGACGGUUUCUUGAGCAAGACGAAGAUGAGACUUGGUACAUCUUCAAAGGCGCCCCGAAUCUUUCUUUGAAUACUCCUUGGUCGUUCGUCUCGACUGCAGGGCGGUGGAGCUGGCUUUGUACUGGCUUCUUCCUUCAGUCUGUGUCUUUGGUGCUACCGUUGCUUGUCAUGCGCACCAUCAAUUUUCAGUUUCGCGACUACAGCUAUGCCUAUCACGUUAUAGGCACAAUGAGUCUUAACAUUGGGCUUGCGCUUUGUUCCCACGUCAUUGAAGGCAGCACGACUGAGUAUGACUUUAUCCCGAACCCGGCUCAUAACGAAGAGCUCGUCGUUAUCACUGUCCAAGAGGCCUCCAACGUUGGAGAUCAACACUUCUAUCCCUAUGUUACUGUCUCUGUGCCGGAUAGUCCUCAGAUUCGUACUUCACGAUUCAACAAUAAGAACUACAAGUAA